AUGCAAAUGUUACAAGAAGUUUGUUUGGUUUAUUUUUUGAAUCUGAAAUAUUCAUAUUUUUCAGAAUGAUAAAUAUGAAGAUUUUAGCUCAAGUUGUAGUUUUGAAUCAACUGAAUCGGAUAGUAAAAGUAUGCCAUUUUCAAACGAAAUGAGUUCGAAAACUCAGAAAAAAUUUGAAAAUCUUCAAAAAAUUCUCGUAUUAAUUAUUGUUGGAAAUUUGUUGAUCUUGUUGAAUUUUAUUGGUGCUUUUAUAUUUUUGCUGGCUGAAUAUUUCGAAGACGAUAAAAAUCAUGAUGAUUUCAGCCAUUCGGAAUGUCUCAAAAAUUUUGAAACAAUUGAAAAUCUCGAUAUUUGUUUGAAAAAGUGAGUUUCUGGAAAUAUUUUGAUGAACUAUUCAUUCGUUUUUCUUCAAAAAAAAAAAGCAGAGCCUCAAAAAUCGAUACAUUUUCGCGUGCAUUUUUUUAUUGUUGGACAUUGUAUAGUACUGUAGGUUACGGUAAUAUUUAUCCAAGAAGUACGGUAGGAAAAAUUGCGACAAUUAUUUAUUCAAGUAUAGUUAUUCCGGUUUAUAUUUCAUUCAAAUUUGAAAUUGGAACUUAUAUUGCCUAUUUGAUGAUUUUUGUUUCAAAUAAAAUUGGAAAAUUUUUGAAUUGGUAAGUUUCUAUAAAUAUGUUUUUUUUUGUUGUUCCGGACUACAGUCUAGUCUAGUAAAAUAACUCUUUUUUAGGACCCGCGAUUAUUUGAUUCUUCUUAGCUCAUUUUUAUCGUGUUUAACAUUAGUUUUAUUAUCGAGUGUUUAUUUUUCGGUGAGUUGGAAUCCUAUUUUCAAAAAAAUUUUCUUUCAAAAAUUUCAGAUAAUUGAGAAAAUCUCAUAUUUUUCAUCAAUUUAUUUCUCGAUAAUUUCCAUGAAUUUGAUUGGACUCGGUGAUAUUGCGCCUGUCAAAACAUUUUAUUUCAUAAUCGGAUAUUUUCCAUGUUUUCUUAUUUUGGACGUUUUUUCGAGUCACUUUUUCUAUUUUGGACAAGCUCGGAUUCGACAAAUGGCCAAUUUUAUUGCUCAAAAAAUAUUAUGGAGACCUAAAAAAUCUCAAGAAAUAUCAAUAGAAAAAAUACCAAUUAUUAAUACACAAUGCAUGCCAAUGAGUGAGUGAAAAAUCGAAAAAAAAAGCUUUCCUCUUUGAAAAAAAAUAAAAUAAAUAAUGGGGGCGGAGCUUGCUGCAAUGAGGAAGAUAGAAGUGUGCGCUGCCUGUGGGGUGUCCGCGACAUGUUUGAUAGACCUUGAGAGAAUAAGAGAGAAACACUAGACAGAGGAAAGGAAGAUAACUCAAUCCAUUCUCUGAGUAAGAGACAAUGGUUAGACACGGGUGCGCUUGGGGAGUAUAGCGGAUUGUUUGAGUUCUUCGGACAAUUCGUUUCCCUCCGAAGAGACCGUUGGCUCAAAAGCUGAUUUUUGGGUCGGAUCCUCUAUUCUAAAUGAUAAAUACAAAAAUGAAAUAUUAUUUUUAGAUGUACUCGAUUGUGAAGAUGCGGAAAUUUCACUUUUACAAACUGCGCGAGAAGCUUCAAGCAUAUUUGAAUGA